AUGGAAAAUCAAGAGGUUGCAUUCAUUUCUGGUCCCAUCGACAGUGGGCCACAGGAGGAAUACUUCAAGCACUAUAUCCCGCGCAUCAAUGAUGCAGUCCAGCGCGGCGACAACUUUGUUAUUGGCCCCAUACCCACCGGAGUCGACGCAGAUGCCCUCUCCUAUUUGCUGGCAUACCCUGUGCCACCAACCCGAAUCACAAUUUGUGUAACGCCAGCAGAAGAUGGGAUGUGGGGUGACCGAUUUCGAGCGACCGGUGUUAAUGUACGCGUCGUGAAUGGCCAAAUGACGCGUGAACGCGACGCGACACUCACCAGCAUAAGCACAUAUGAUAUCUUGCGAGUGCGCACCAAGGCCGAGGCCCAAAAAUUCUAUGGGCGUCUCUGGCGGGAGGGUUAUGUGACCAAUACUGAGCGCAAUUGGAAGCGUCGACGUGGGAUUGCGGAGGAUGUGGCUGUAGAUGCAAAGGAGAUUAAUCGAUAUGUGGGCAUGGCUUCUGUGAAUGAAGAAACAAUUGUACACUCGAGAUGGACUAGGAUCUUUCGCAGGCGAUUGUUUGACAUGUUUGCAUAA